UUGCUUUCCUAUUUUCUAUUAUUUAAUUUCUUACAUGUAUUUCAUGUGUCUCCUUUAAUAGAGAUAAGGCGUUUCUAUGGGGUGGAGCAUGGUGGGGGAUAUGAUGCUUGGAGAAAAACUUCAGCUUUAGCUACCCCUUUUGAUUUUGACAAAGCACAAUCCACAAAGCCAAAAGGUCAUUGUGUGGCUGUGCGAGUGACUAGUGAGGACCCCGAUGAUGGCUUUAAGCCUACGAGUGGCAAAGUGCAGGAGCUUAGCUUUAAAAGCAAGCCAAAUGUGUGGGCAUACUUCUCUGUCAAGUCUGGAGGAGGAAUUCAUGAAUUCUCAGAUUUACAGUUUGGGCAUGUGUUUGCUUUUGGAGAAUCUAGGGCUUUAGCAAUUGCAAAUAUGGUUCUAGGGCUGAAGGAGAUUCAAAUUCGGGGAGAAAUCCGUACCAAUGUUGAUUACACCAUUGAUCUUCUGAAUGCUUCUGACUACAGAGACAACAAAAUUCACACAGGUUGGCUAGAUAGUAGAAUUGCAAUGCGUGUUAGAGCAGAGAGGCCUCCCUGGUAUCUUUCUGUUGUUGCAGGGGCACUCUAUAAAGCUUCUGCUAGCAGUGCAGCUUUGGUUUCAGACUAUGUUGGCUAUCUUGAAAAGGGACAAAUCCCUCCCAAGCACAUAUCUCUUGUCCAUUCUCAAGUGGCCUUGAACAUUGAGGGAAGCAAAUAUACAAUUGACAUGAUACGAGGUGGAUCUGGAAGUUAUAGAUUGAGAAUGAAUCAAUCAGAGAUAGAAGCAGAAAUACACACUUUACGUGAUGGAGGUUUGCUAAUGCAGGCAAGUAUUUGUUCUCUAAACACCUAUUUUAUGCGUGUUAUUUAUUUUGCACUUUUCCCCAUGACAGUACUAUUUAUCACACUCAAUUAUAUCAUCCCAUGGUUUGUGAACAUUUUGCAUUUCUAUUUCAAUCUUAAUUAGAUUCUUCUGGUAUAAUUUCCUUGAUAUAGACAUAAACAAUUGCUGCUCCGGCUUCUAAAAUUUUAGUAUCGGGAUUAAU